UGGCAGGUGGAGUUUGGGUUUGUCUUAUUGUAGUGUUAAUCCUAUUUUUCACCAUCAAAAGGAUGUUAGUAAUUGCCACUGAAUUGCUGUCCUCCUCAGGAUUCCUCCCCUUUUGACAUUUUGCAUUCAAAACACAAGCAAGAGUCUUAAGUGUGCUUUUGACUAUACAUACUGAGGUGACUUUUACACUACAGAAUGGUGUGAUUUUCAAAGAAGGGAAGACAGGACAUACCAUUCAAGGUUCCUGGUAAGCACCACUUGGAUUUUACUUACCAUGAGGGCCAUAAUCUGUCAUGUAUAAUUAAGUCAUAGACACAUAACACUGAAUUUGUGAACUCCACUAUUUGUCAUAUGUCAGUGUGGGAAACAUGUUUUUCAUUUAUUGUGAUCAAUCUAAUUUGAUUGAAAAGAAAGCAAAAUCAGUUGCUUACAAAUACUCGGGUCACGUGUCAGGCUGUGGUCCUUCAAUAAAAAUGCAAUAAAAGAAAUUGUGCACUUUUUUUCCUUGAGCCACAACUGGAAGUAAAAUGAUAAAAUGGUGGUUUAAUCACCAAACAAACCCAGACAAUCCUGUUUUGUUCACAUUUGCCUUCGUGUACAUGACAACUUUGAAGCUUGUAAAUAAGCUUUUAAAUUAUGGGUAGAUUUUCAGGCUAGGGACACUCACUUUCAUAAAGACAUGCAAGAAGCAAAUCUGAUCAGACCAAACAAACAAACAAUCAAAUGAAGAAGAAUUUGAUCAUUAUUAAAUUUAGAAAUGCUCAGUCAGAGUGUUAGCCAAAGAUAGCCAAACCAUAGUGGUUGGGAACCUGAAGUCAUUUCAUGGACAUAAUUUAAAGACAGACUUUUUAUUGCAAGCUUACAUGAUGCAAGGUUUUCCAAUAUUUUUUAAAAUUUUUCAGUGCAAAACCCUCUAUGGCCAAAGUUUCAGAAGAAGGCCCCUUCCAGACUUCAGGUGUGGUAUAACAUCAAAGAAAUGGUCAUAAAUCAGUCUGUGAGGAAAAUUAUUAUUUUCCCCAUAACAGUGGGACUUGUUGCUUCAUGAUUGCCCUUAUUCACUUCCAUCUUUUGUUAUCUUCCCUCUCAACCCUUUAUAUGCUUUUCACAUGGCCUUCUUGAAAUUUUACUUAAGUUGCUCAUUUUUGAUAUUGAUGAAUGACACAUUCAAAAACUAUCAUGUAAAACACUGUAUUAAAGUUUAUGCCACUACUGCAAUUACUUCCUUGAUUCCUCAGCAGAGGAGUCCAAUGAAGUGGUGACAUCCUCUCCAGCUAAACCCUCCACCAGUGAAGAAGAAUUGGCCGAAGAAACUGAGAAAGGGAAAAGUUUACAAAAGCAGAGAGUUUGCUAUAAGGUAUGAUUUUAAUUUAGCUAGUUCCUCUGAUCAGAACAGGAAAUGUUACUAUUUCGUAUGGUGUUAUUCCAUUUAAGGGAGAAUUUUAAGCAGGUAAUUUUAACAAAGAACUUUUUCUGCCAUAUUGCAAAAGCCCUGAUGAGUCCCCAGGGUCAACUUGAUUUUUUUUUCAAAUUUGUAGGGGCUAAUGUUACUUAGCCUAUACAAGUAAUAAUGACAAUCUUGAUAUUGAGAUUACAUCAAAUAGUGGUUUUAAGUGAGGCCUCAACAUAAAUGUUAUAUGAAUGUUUGCAGUACAUAACAGGCAAGGUAGAUGGAAUAAUGGGAAUGUAGAAGAACCAGGUUGAACUAGUCUCAGUCAACUUAUUACCACUAAAGAAGGACUUUUCCUUUGACUCUGCUGCUGAAUCACAUCCAAUUUGUCAAACUAUCAACCACAUUUACUGACAACAGUCUUUUCCGGAAUGAAACCUUCUUAGUAAUGCCAAAUUAAUAAUUGACAAUAUUUUAUGUAUUCUGUUAUUGUCCCAUUUUAGCAGAGGAAAAGUUGGUUUUAUAAUUUUAAUGUUGGGAUUAUCUUUGUGUACAGGAAUUAAGUAUUGGUAGCCUUUUUUCCUUUCUUUGGAACACCUUUCAAAAUGCAAUGUACAUUUACAUUUUUGAACCUAUCAACUCCUAUUUUUUUCCCCAAAGACUGCAUUCUGGAAGAAAUAAACACAACAUAGUAAAUUUAUCUGCUUGAUCCUUUUGUAUUUUAAGCCCAAUGGUAACCCAACUAUCUGUUGGUUUGUGGAUGUGCCAGAAGAUCUUUCACUCU